AUGAAUUAAUCUCAAAGCAAAGAGUUCAUAAUUCUUCCUAGCUCUAAUACUUCUAGAAAUUAUUCUCAUUGUUCUUCUAAACUGAUUCCUCAAUAGACUUAAUAGAUGCCUCACAAUUAGUUUAAUAUGCAAUACCCUUUUCAGCCAAAGGACUCCAAUAGUUUAGACAUGAAUGGCUUAGAAGUGGAAAGUAGCGAUCCACAUAGGAUGGUGCAGUAUUCUCAUCAAGGCAAAUAUUCCAACAAACAGAAGCCCACAAAGCUAUUAGUAUAAUAUGAUUUCAUUUAGGAAAGAGGAAGAGUCACGUCACCGAUUUAUAAAUAACUAAAUAAAAAUGCAAGAACUGAGCAGUUGAUUAAAAAAUUUAUCGAUAAAUUAAAAAUAGGCUCCAAACAGUUUUCAGAAAGUCAUUGCGUGAAUCAAUUAUUACAAACAGGAUCAAAUGAUGACGAUCCUGAAAAAUUGAAUGAGAGAACAAAAUUUAAUUUCAUAAAGAAUUCUAUAACAAUUCCAAUACCUCGUUCUAGUAAAUUUAGAGAAAUAUGGAAAACAAUAAUGUAAAUAACUUAUAUUACAAUUCUUAUCUUCUCCCCAUUAGUAUUGAUUUACCCUGAAAACUCAGAAAGUAUUAUACUGUUGUUUUCUUAAUUGAUUCUCACUGUUUUAAACAAUCUUUUUAAUCUUCACACUAGCUAUUAUUAAAAUGACGUAGAAAUAACUAAUCUCAGAUAGAUUCAGCAUAAUUACAUAAGAAGAUAUCUAAUUAAGGACGUUUUAGUGUACUUGUCUUUCAUUCUCAUACUGCAGUUUUGCUUGACUGACUUGUACAUUACCAUCAUAGCAGUUGUAGUGUUGAACAUUGUAACAAUUCAGAAAGUGAAACUGCACAACCUUUUAUCAAAAUAACUGGCAGUUUUGCUGGCCUAUAGAUUUAGCAUAGCAAUAUGUUAUUGUCACCUUUUCGCUAUCAUUCAAAUGUCAAUGAAUCAUUCCAAUUUGGUAUAUGAAUCAAUCAGUAUUUAAUUUAAAAUCUACCUAAUCUAUCUACAUAAAUAUUUAGAUGAAUACUUGACCAUUUAUGGAUCAUUAUCGCAAGAAACUAAUUUUGAGUUGUAAUUUGCCAUUUUUGUGUAAAUCGUAUAAACUUGUAAUAGGAUAGGAGCGUUUUUGGAAAUUCUAUUCUAUUUUUAUCAGAACAUUGAUAAGUACUUACUCAAAAAACACUACUUCGAUUUUAAGGCUUUUCUUAAUCAUCAUAAAAUAGAUUCUUAAUUAAAAAAGAAGGCAUUGAGCAAUUACAAAUAUGAAAUGAAUAGCGAUUAACUAUAAUAGAGUUCAGCCAUUGACACUAAAUCAAUCUAAUAUAUUAACAGUGAUAUUUAUAAGAAAAUUGAUAAAACUAUUAAUGCAAAGUAUUUCUAGAAAAUAACCGUUUUCUAAAAAUUCUCAUAAGACACUCAAGAGAGACUAAUUGAGAAGAUGACAUACUAAACCUUCUAAUCAAAUGAAAUUAUAUUGAAAUAGAAUAGUAGUGAUGAUGGUUCAUUAUAUAUGAUUAAAAGAGGUUGCGUUAAAAUCUGUUAUACUGGCAUAAAUAAUGCAUAAACAGGUAUAAAACAGUUGACAAAGUUUUAAACUUUUGGAGAAGUGUCAUUCUUCACUGGUUUGCCUAGAACAAGUAGUGUGAUUUGUUUAGGACCAGUAGAAACAUAUAAAAUCACAAGAAACGACUACUUAAAUGUCAUAAAAAACAAUAGAUCAGAUUUCGUAUUUCUAUAUCUAUUACCCUAGGAAAUAGCUUAAUUUCUCAAAGACUAAGUAAUUUUCGAGAAUCUCUACGAUUAAAUUGGUUUGAGAUGCUUUUGUUGCAACUCUCCAAAUCAUUUGCUCUCUUCUUGUGACAAAUUGCAUUAUCAUCCCAAUAAAGAGAAGGUUUUAAGUCAAUGUUCUUAUAAUCAUAAUCAAAUCAGAAAAUACUGUAAAAUUUCUUAUUUAAUGAUAGAUUAAAGAAGUAUUAAACGAACUCUAAAUAGUAGAGACUUUUUAUUUUAAAUUGGAAUGGCUGGACAAGAAUUUCAAGAAAACAAUUGUAAUUUUGAUUCAUAAAUAUUGAGGGAUCUCACUAACAAUCAGAAUUAUUUGUCAUCUACUUAUAUAUAAUAAAAUCAAUCUCAAUAAGUUGGUCACAUUCCUGUAGUUUAUCGACCAAGACCUAGCAAUAGUCUCUUAAUGAAUAGUGAUUUAGAUGAUGUUAAAGAAUCAUGCUAUGAUACUGAGACCAACAAAAUCAGAAAAGAAUCGCCAAUUUAUGCUUAAUAAAAUCAAUUCUAGACAAAGGGCUUUAUUAAAGAACUUGAACGCGAAGAUCCAGAUUCAAUAUCAAUUAUCAAUUAAAAUAUAUCUUAGGCAUAAACUAUUUAAUAAGUUUAAACCAAUAAAUUAAAUAUAUUUGAGAAUCCAGAUAGAUUAAACGAUUUGAAUAUUUUAGAGUUAUAGAUGUUGAAUCAAAAUAACAAUCCAAGAAACUGUAGAUAGAAUAGAAAAUCAUAUAGUUACACUACCUAAUCUGAAGUAUCAAAAAAGCUAGAGAGUUUUAAAGGAUCUUAUAGAUCCAAUGUACAUUUGGAUGAAACUGAUAAGAAUCGCAUUGAAUAAUAUCAAAAACAAUAAAGAAGGAGAAGCUAACAAACUAAUAAUGGGAAAUUAGAUGAGAACAUCCUUAUCGCAUUAGCCAAUUAAUAAAAUUACAACAAUUUUUGUUCUUUUCAAGAAGACGAGGAAUUCGACAGAGCACAUAAUUUUUGUUACUAUUACCCUUUUUACAACCCAGACUUUGUUAUCAAAAAGUAUAAUAACUUGAAAAUAUGGUAAUAAUUACUUCCCAACAAAAGUAGAUAUACUAUAAGUUAUGUUUUAAGUGAUAGAAUAAAGGAAAAAGUGAGCUAUAAAUGA